AUGCUAGCCAAAGUAAUCGCCAUGGUUUCUGUCAUUGACGACAUCUAUGACAUUUAUGGGACUCUCGAUGAACUCACUCUUCUCAUGGAUGCAAUUGAAAGAUGGGAUCUUAGUCUCGUUGAUCAGCUACCACCGUACAUGAAAUAUUAUUACAAAUCUCUUUUAGAUGUUUAUGUCGAGAUUGAGGAAGAGUUGGGAAAGACAGGGAAAUCAUACCUUGUUCACUUCAUGAUAGAAGAGACGAAAAGACUCGUGAGAACUUAUCUUCAAGAGGCGAAAUGGGUGUACAGUGGCUAUAUUCCGACCCUGGAAGAAUAUAUGAAAGUGGGAAAGCCAUCUAGCGGUUACAUAUUGUUUUCUUCAGUUUCUCUGACAGCCAUAGGAGAGUUAGUGAGCAAGGAAGCCUUUGAGUGGGUAGCAAGCGAUCCAUUAAUCCUACAAGGUUCAGAAAUAAUUGGUAGGCUAAUGAACGACUUGGCAGGAUUUGGGUUUGAGCAGAAAAUAUCAGCAGAUGGAUGUUACAUGAAUCAGAAUAAUGGUAAUCCACUGCAGAAGUAG